AUGGUGAAAGAAAUAGAUCCAAUCGAUCUUAUGUACAUACACCCAUUUGAGAGUGUCGGCUUUGGAAUAAUACCUACUGCGUUUGAUGGAGUUAAUUACAGGUCAUGGAGACGAGGAAUGUUGCGUGAUUUGUCCGUUAAGAAUAAAAUGGGUUUCGUCAUUGGCAAACGUAAAAAGCCAGUUCAAAAUGAUCCUCAAAUCAACCAAUGGGAGAGAUGUGAUGACAUGGUCACCUCAUGGAUUUUGCAUUUACUUUCGAAAGACAUGACUGACAUCCUACAAUAUGUAAGCAAUGCUGCUGAACUCUUGCAAGAGUUGGAGGAUAGAUAUGAUCAAACUAAUGGUGCGAAGCUCUAUAAACUCCAAAAGGAAAUUAGUGAUUUAGUUCAAGGAUCCAUGGAUGUUACUACCUACUACACUAAGAUUAAAAGACUAUGGGAGGAACUUGAAACUUUAGAUGUCAGUAAUCAAUUUAAUUGUGUAUGUGUUUAUGGUGCCAAAACAGCGAUAUACAAGGCUGAACAGGAUAGAAGAUUGACACAAUUUCUAAUGGGGCUAAACAAGGUGUACACUAUUGUGAGGGGAAGCAUCCUAAUGAUGAAUCCUCUUCCAACUUUUGCUCAAGGAUUUUCUAUCCUAAUUUAA